UUUGUUCAGACUGCAGAAUCUUCAUCUUCAACUCUUUGGACUGUUUGAACAAACUAAUGGACCAGUGUGAGGACGGAGAGGACGGAGUCACUCCCUCUAAAACCUAUCUGUGUGGGGGACAUGAGAGUCGGAGCAAAGCUCAGAGGAACCAACCUGGACCUGGACCUGGACCUGGACCUGGACCUGGACCCGGACCCGGACCCGGAUCUGGACCUGGACCUGAACUUGAACCCGGAUCUGAACCCAGCUGUGUGUCCUUGAAGAGCAACCUAUUAAAAGACUUGGUAAACUUCUUUGAAGGAGACCAACGCUCUGCUGUAAAGAGCAGUCAGCUUCAAACACAUGACGAUGUGACGUCUGAGGACCAGGAUGACUCCAGGGAAGUGAUGAUCUCCAGGAGUGACAGCUAUACUGUAAAAAGGUGGUUGAAGGCCACUUUGAAUAAUUUGGACUCCAGUGGGCUGAAGGACUUCAAGUGGUACCUGAAUAAUGCAGAUGAAUCAAAAGAUGGUUUCAAACCGAUCCCACUGGGUCCUCUGGAGCAUGCGGACGCGUUGGACACAGGAAACCUGAUGGUGCAACGGUACUCCUCAAGGACCAGAGAGGUGGCCGAGACGAUUUUAAAGAUGAUGAAAAGUGAUAAAGAAAAACCUGUUGUCCAGGACGAUCCAGUCUCUCCAGCUGGUGCAACAGAUAUGUUAAAGUCUAAGCUGAAGGAGAAGUACCAGCAUGUGUCUGAGGGGAUUGCUAAAGCAGGAGAGACAAUCCUUCUGGAGCAGAUCUACACGGAGCUCUACAUCACAGAGGGAGGGACCGGAGAGGUGAACGAUGAACAUGAAGUCAGACAGAUCGAAGCAGCUUCCAGGAAACCAGACGGAGCAGAAACAGCCGUCAGACAGGAAGACAUCUUUAAACCCCCACCUGGAAAAGAUAAACAGAUCAGAACAGUGAUGACGAAGGGAGUGGCCGGCAUCGGGAAAACAGUCCUAACACAGAAGUUCAGUCUGGACUGGGCUGAAGGCAGAACCCACCAGGACAUCCAGUUCCUGCUUCCAUUCACCUUCAGACAGCUGAAUGUGCUGAGAGAGGAGAAGUUUAGCUUGGUGGAAUUAGUUCAUCACUUCUUCUCUGAAACCAAAGGAAUCUGCAGCUUUGAAGACUUCCAGGUCGUGUUCAUCUUUGACGGUCUGGAUGAGAGUCGACUUCCUCUGGACUUCCACAACUCUACAAUCCUCAGUGACCCCAGAAGGUCCACCUCAGUGGACGUGCUGCUGACAAACCUCAUCAGGGGGAACCUGCUUCCUUCUGCUCGUCUCUGGAUCACCACACGACCCGCAGCAGCCAAUCAGAUCCCUCCUGAGUGUGUCUCCAUGGUGACAGAGGUCAGAGGGUUCACUGACCCACAGAAGGAAGAAUACUUCAGGAAGAGGUUCAGAGAAGAGGAGCAGACCAGCAGGAUCAUCUCCCACAUCAAGACAUCACGGAGCCUCCACAUCAUGUGCCACAUCCCAGUCUUCUGCUGGAUCACUGCUUCGGUCCUGGAGAACGUCCUGGAGAAUGUCCUGGAAACCAGAGAUGGAGGGGAGCUGCCCAAGACCCUGACUGAGAUGUACAUCCACUUCCUGGUGGUCCAGGCCAAACUGAAGAAGGUCAAGUUUGACGGAAGAGCUGGGACGGAUUCACACUGGAGUCCAGAGAGCAGGAAGAUGGUGGAGUCUCUGGGAAAACUGGCUUUUGAGCAGCUGCAGAAAGGAAACCUGAUCUUCUAUGAACCAGACCUGAGAGAGUGUGGCAUCGAUGUCAGAGAGGCUUCAGUGUACUCAGGAGUGUUCACCCAGAUAUUUAGAGAGGAGAGCAACCUGUACCAGGACCAGGUCUUCUGCUUCAUCCAUCUGAGUGUCCAGGAGUUUCUGGCUGCUCUUCAUGUCCAUCAGACCUUCAUCAAGUCUGGAGUCAACCUGCUGGAGGAACAAAGAAACACAAAGACUCAGCUCUAUCAGACAGCUGUGGACAAGGCCUUACAGAGUCCAAAUGGACACCUGGACUUGUUCCUCCGCUUCCUCCUGGGUCUUUCACUGGAAACCAAUCAGAACCUCCUACGAGGUCUGUUGGAACCAGAACAAAGAAGAUCACAGAACAAUCAGGAAACAGUUGAAUACAUCAAGAAGAAGAUCAGUAAGGAUCUGUCUGCAGAGAGAAGCAUCAACCUGUUCCACUGUCUGAAUGAACUGAACGAUGGUUCUCUGGUGGAGGAGGUCCAAGAGUCCCUGAGGUCAGGACGUCUCUCCACAGAUAAACUGUCUCCUGCUCAGUGGUCGGCUCUGGCCUUCAUCUUACUGUCAUCAGGAGAAGAUCUGGAGGAGUUCUACCUGAAGAAGUUCGGAGGUUCAGAGAAGGCUCUACGGAGGCUGCUGCCGGUGGUCAAAGCCUCCAAGAAAGCUCAGUUGGGUGGUUGUAACCUCUCAGGGAACGUCUGUCCACUUCUGUCCUCAGUUCUCAGCUCUCAGUCCUCCAGUCUGACAGAACUGGACCUGAGCCACAACCCCCUGCAGGAUUCAGGACUGAUGAAGCUGUGUCCUGGACUGGAGAGUCCACACUGUCACCUGGAGUCUCUCAGGUUGUGGAGCUGUGGUUUGUCAGAGAUCAGCUGUUCUUCUCUGGGCCCAGCUCUGAAGUCCAACCCCUCCCAUCUGAAACUUCUGGACCUGAGCAGCAACGAGAACCUGCAGGAUUCAGGAGUGAAACAUCUGUGUGGUUUCCUGGAGAGUCCAGACUGCAGACUGGAGAUUCUGAGGUUGUGGAGCUGUGGUUUGUCAGAGAUCAGCUGUUCUUCUCUGGGCCCAGCUCUGAAGUCCAACCCCUCCCAUCUGAAACUUCUGGACCUGAGUCUGAACAAGAACCUGCAGGAUUCAGGAGUGAAACAUCUGAGUGGAUUUCUGGAGAGUCCAGACUGCAGACUGGAGACUCUGAGGUUGUGGAGCUGUGGUUUGUCAGAGAUCAGCUGUUCUUCUCUGGGCCCAGCUCUGAAGUCCAACCCCUCCCAUCUGAAACGUCUGGACCUGGGUAACAACAACCUGCAGGAUCCAGGAGUGAAACAUCUGUGUGGUUUCCUGGAGAGUCCAGACUGCAGACUGGAGAUUCUGACGUUGAAGAGCUGCAGGUUGUCAUGGAUCAGCUGUUCUUCUCUGGUCUCAGCUCUGAAGUCCAACCCCUUCCAUCUGAUACUUCUGGACCUGAGAAACAACAACCUGCAGGCUGCAGAUGUGAAGCAGCUUUCUGAUCUGGUGGAGAGUCCAGACUACCAGCUGCAGGGUCUCAGUUGGGGAUGAUGAGAGUGUCCUGGACGGAUGAGUCAUGUCCUGAUGGUCCACAGAGUUGAAGCAGCACCAGUUUCUGUGGACAGACUCUGACUGGACCGUGAUGAUGACGAAGAUGAAGAUGUAUAUAGUUUCAGCUCAGUUUGUUUCUGUCUUCCAGCGUUUUACAAACUUCUCAGAUAUUCAUGUGUAGGAGCAAUUUAUUAUGUUGUGCAGGUAUUUGCUUUUCCACUUGGGUGCAGUAUGAUUUCAGUUCCUUUAUUUUACCCCAAGCCUUGCCCCAGCUGCUGUUGAUCAGAAGUGUUGAUUAGUUUGAGUUGAGUGGUGUUGGGAGACACACACAGUUUUUACACGGCAGCCAGAGAGACAAUAAAAACACUUUUUUUUGUUCUGUCAAUUUACCUUGUUGUUCCAAUAAACGGGAACCUCACCCAAAGAUAUUACUUUUGCAACCUUUCCUAUUUAUUCACUCUGGAGUCGAGUCAAGAACAAACCAUCCCAAACCACCAUCAGGUGGCAAGUUUUGUUUUUUGAGUAGUCACCACAUCAUGUAUUUCAUGUUCAGUCAAGCCUUUUAUAAUCAUUACGUUGUUAAAACACAGGAAAACAAAAUUAAAGGUAUU